AUGUCCGAGAUUGCGAAUGAGGAGACAAUUCAGGAUAGGCGGCAUCGCCUAUCCUCCAUUCCCAAAGCGUGCGAGGGCUGCAGAGUUCGAAAGGUUCGCUGUGAUCGUUCUAACCCCUGCGCGAACUGUCGAAUUGCCGGUAUAGUAUGCCAACAAGCUGGAGCUAAAGCCGACAGUCCAGCAAAGCCCAACAAAGUAUCACGCUUAGAGGGGUUGAUUGAACGCCUAGAUGAGCGUCUGGGUCGAAUUGAGAUCCAACUUGAUCAAAGUCGUCACACAACCCCGGAGCGACUCACGAUUGAAUCGCAGCCUACCCGGACGUACGAAGGAGGCUCCUCCUUCAAUAACCAAUCUGUGCAAGCGACCAAGGUGGCCCAGGUGACUGCGUACUCACAGGGCUCCGGUGGUGGGGCCAAUAUAAGUGCAUCUCUCGACGAUCUCAAAUCGCUGCUUCAGCCUCCUACUACCCUAGAUGACUUUCACUUCUCGAGAAAUGAUGCCUCACGGACUUUACCUGCAAUGGACUUAGUGCCAUCUGGGCUUAUUGUGGACAUUGUGCGCUCCAUGAAGGUUCGCAAACCGUUUUGCUUAACUUCCAAUCCAUUAACAGAUCUGCCUAUGGUUGAAGACCUUUUCCGCAAGGUAUACUUCCCGACAGAGCCUUUGUCUGUUGGCCAUGUUACUGCGAUGCAUGGAAUACUCCUGUGUCUGCUUAAGGAGUUUAUAGCGUUCAAGGACCCACUCGCAGAAAAGUACGACCUCCCCUCGUACAUGCCAACAAUCGAAAAGAACUUCAAUGCCGGCCUUGAAACAUAUGAAAUGCUCGCCGUUCCGAGCUUUGAGAACGUGCUCGCUCUAGUAUUGGCAGUAGUCAAAGCGCAAGAAGAAGCCAAUGCCCUAUUAUUGACCACUAUCAUUGGAGCGGCAGCUAGGCACUGCAUUUUGCUCGGCUAUCACCGUGCGGCGACAUAUCGAGAUCAGAAGCCAAACAUGGCGCACAACAUCAACCGGAUCUUCUGGUCGGUGUAUCUGGUUGACAAAAACAUGUCCCUCCUUUUAGGACGCGCUCCGUGUAUUCAGGACUACGACGUCGACGCACCUCACCCAACCUGCUCGGAGGACAUCACUGUGCGGCCCUGGGACGAAUGCCUAGUUCUUUGGGUCACUCUCGGUCGACUACAAGGUCAAAUAUAUGACCGUGUCUACUCGGCAGCCGCACUAAAGUUCCCACCAGAAGUCCGCAACCAGAAUAUUCAGAUCCUAGCCGAAGAACUUCAUCAGUGGCGCCGUAGACUAGCUGAGAUAGACUGGAGUCCCGUCGCCUUUCCCGAACUCGUGGAGGUAUCGAGACCUACUUGGGACAUAAUGUACUAUUCCCUCCUGGCAUCAUUGCUACGAGGAUCGUCAACGUCCACGACUUCCCCGGAGAUAACCUCACAAUGCUUCCAAGCCGCCCGCUCCGCCUUACAAAACCACCUGCGCUCCUUCCCAAUGUAUUGCGAAUCCAACUUUGUCACCGUCCGAGACUACGCCAAUUGGGUAAUUCUCUACUCCUCCUUCACCCCCUUCAUCGUCAUCUUCCUGCACGCCAUAGCUUCUAGCAGUCUAGAAGACACUCAGCUCCUCGAAGACGUCGUACGCACGCUCUACCCGGUGAAAGACACCUCAAAAGCCUGCGGACGUCUUUACCAGAUAUGCACUAUCUUCGCACGCGUUGCACGCAGCCUCAUCGAGUCCCGGGCAUCGUCGUUUCUCGGAACAUAUAACAGGCAAGAUGACUCGCUGCUUCUGCUUAGUGAUACGGGGAACACAUCAGUCUUUGACCCGAAUUCGCUGCAGGAUUACUUCACGACCGAGGUUGACAUGCUUGAUCAGUUUACGUACUCUGAGGCCGAGGGUAUGUCUGCUAUCCUGGGAGGUUGGGCAAAUGGGCAGCCGGCCCCCAUGGAGUUUUUGGGGAUGGGAAGUGGUACGGGGAAUUGGAUGGGGUAG